ACAUAUUUAAACAGAUCGCGGUUAACUUUCGUACUGACAAAAUACGUGAGUCCAUCUAGCGGCGCGAAUAUUGAACUAUCAGACGUUUUACGUGGAUCCAUCUAGCGGUGCGAUUGUUGAACUAUACAGACAUUUCAUAUAUACAUAUAAUGUAUAUAUGUAUUGCAUGAAUGCAUAGAACCUUUUAAAUAAUAAAAAUAGAAUAAUCGUAGUAUAAAAGUCAUAUUAUUUUGCUUCUACGUUCUUUUUUAAUUAUUUUUUUGCUAAUUAAAUAAUAUCAUUAAAAUAACAUUUCACACGUAAUCGCGUUUGAUGUAUUAAAUAUUAAUCUAACCUCUUUAUUUUCAAUACUCGACUACCUGUAAUGUGUGCUUUCAUUGUUACCUAAAAUAGUUUCACAAACGUGGUAUAUAAUUUUAUUUAAACAAAUUUGCGACAAUAAGAUUUAAAAUAUGAUAGGCAAAAAUGAAGAAGAUGAUACAAACGAUAAUAAUUUGUAUCGAAUCAAAUUAAUAUCUAAUAAAAGAAAAUCAUUGGAAGAUAAUACAGCAGAAAUUAAAGAACAAAUCAAGAAUUGUUUUGCACAAUUGACAGAUGCAUUACGAUUAAGAGAAAAACAAUUACUACGACAAGCAGAAGCUGUACACACUCAACAACUUUCUUUAUUACAAUCUAGUUUAGAUUUUAUUCCAUCGUUGAUUGUGAAUUUACAGAAGAAAGAAGACCUUUUGGAGAAUAUACAUCAUUUUGGUAAUAUUGAAUUAUCAGGAACUAAUUGUAUUACUGUCAAAGAUAUUGAACCUUACAAAGUAGCAGAAUAUGAAGAAGCCAAUAAAGAUCAUGUCAGUUUUGACAAAUCUAUCAAAUGUGAGAAAGAUGUAGAUGCUAUAACUAAACAAAUAAGAAACAUUGAUAUCGAUAAAUUAAAUAUAUCAUUAGAUUGUGCAAAUAUCUUUGAUGAUUCUAGAAGUUUUUUAAACUCAAGUUUAAAUUCCAGUGUAGAAAAUGAAAGACAUUUACAAAUAUCAUUAGAAUCAAAUAAUAUUUCGGAAAUGUGCAAGGAUUCUAAAGUUUUACCAUUGUGUUCUUCAUUAUAUAUAAUAAAGAAAGAUACAGAUACAUAUUUCAAACAAAAUGGAGAACAUCAAUAUUCUAGUAAAUGUGCUAAUGAAUUACAGAAUAUUACUAUAACAAAUGAAGGUGCUAAUAUUUUCAUUAACGGAAUUAGUGAAAAUGUUAACGAAAGAGUGCAGCUAUAUGAAGAAAAGUCUUUAGAUAAAACAGAUUCAUUUGAAUCAAAUCAUUCCGAUGAUCAACAUAAUAUAUCAAAUGAAAUAAAAAAUAUUGAAACUGUUAAAAAUCAAGACGUAUUAAAAGGUGUUUAUGAACAUCCUAAACAAGUUCAGCAAUGGUUACAACAAAUAUUGGUAGAAACUGAAAUAGAACCAAUAGUUCAUGAGGUGGGACAAUUUUCAGAAUUAUCAGAAGUUCAACAUUACAAUAAGCUACAAUUGGAAACAUAAAAAAAAUUAACAUUAAUUUGUAUAAUGUUUAAAAAAAUCAACAAAAGGAAUUGCACUAAUUAUUUAAUUUAUAUAUAUAUAUAUAUAUAUCCUUUGAAUUUGAUAAGAAUACUUUCAUGUCUUAAGUGGGGCCAAAGUUUCCAUGAUAAUGGAAAGUAAACCAAAAAGUCUGAUUUAUCAUUACAAUUUAUGUCAUAUUAUGCAUUUUUUUUCAAUAAUUUAUUUUCAUAUUAUUUUAUAUUGGAUUUAUA